AUGGAUAACGAUCUUUCCAAAUUGAAGGCGAAACCAAGGGUUCACUUUGGGUCAUUGGAAGAAACGGAUGUUGUCAAACGCCCACGCAUCGAAGAACCGACUAGUUCAACCCUGGCAGCAGGUGGCAUCGAUCUGGAAGCGUUGGCCGACUUGACCGAUGCCGAUCUUUCAGCGUCAUCCCAAAGAGCACGACAAGCUGAUCAAGAAGUUCUACAAGAAUUCGAGCGAAGGAAGCGUGCACGAGAAAUCGCUGUCCCCACAGACGACAAACGCGUUCGACAGCGACUACGAGAGCUUGGUGAACCACAAUGUCUUUUCGGUGAAGGUCCCGAUGAUCGUCGUACUCGUUUACGCUACCAUUUAUCGAUCCUAGAAGGCAGAGAAAUACCAGUCGAAUCUGAAUCAGAAAGCGAGGAGGAAGAAAAUGAGGAGGAAUUCUUUACCCCAGGCACACAAGAGUUACUAGAAGCAAGAAAAUGGAUCACAACCUAUUCAUUGCCACGAGCCAAGAAGAGGAUAGAACGACAAAAGGCAGAGGUGGAUGUUCCAUUGGCACAGCUAAAGGCUGCACGUAAGGAGGUGCAUACACGACUUAAGGGAUAUACCAAUUGGGCAUCACAAAUUGCGGACGAACGACCCGUGGCUCAAGUUGCUUUUACCCCAGACUCAUCCAUGUUGGUCACUGGUGCAUGGUCGGGCGUAUGUCGAUUAUGGUCGAUCCCACAAUGCGAGCCAUUGAUCACUUUCAAAGGACACACCGAUCGUAUUGGUGGUAUUGCCUUCCAUCCUGAAGCAACCAUUAGCCUGGAUAAGAGCGUGAUGAACUUUGCUACUGGUAGUGCCGAUUCAAUGAUCCAUCUGUGGAACUUGGAAAAGGAUACACCAUUAGCCACGCUUAAAGGACAUGCUGGACGCGUAUCUCGUAUCGCUUUUCAUCCUUCAGGAAGAUACCUUGGCAGUGCUGGAUUCGAUGGCACAUGGAGAUUAUGGGACGUGGAAACGACUACCGAGCUCUUGCUUCAAGAGGGUCAUGCCAAGGAGGUCUAUACUAUCGCUUUUCAAUGUGAUGGAAGUCUUGCAGCAACAGGUGGUCUUGAUUGCGUUGGCCGAGUGUGGGAUAUGCGUACGGGUCGAUCAGCCAUGGCACUUGAAGGUCAUGUCAAAGAUGUGCUUGGCUUAGAUUGGAAUCCUAAUGGCUAUCAUUUGGCUUCAGCAAGUGGCGAUAACACAGUCAAGAUUUGGGAUAUGCGGACAUUGCGCAACAUAUACACGAUUCCAGCACACAGAUCUCUGGUUGCAGACGUGAAGUACAACAAAGGACCAGCCAAUGAAGAAGGCUUUUAUUUGACGACAGCUGGUUACGAUGGCAGCGUCAAGAUUUGGUCUGGUGAUGAUUAUCGAUUGAUCAAGAGUUUGGAAGGUCACGAGAACAAAGUGAUGGGCGUGGAUACCUCAAACGAUGGUCGUUAUGUUGCCUCUUGUGGAUAUGACCGUACAUUCAAAAUCUGGGCUGAUGAGAACAUGGUGCUGUAA